AUGGACAAAGAAAACCAGACCAUGGUGACAUUUUUCAUUCUUAAAGGACUUUCUGAAUUUCCAGAACUGCAGUCAUUUACCUUCCUUAUGAUUCUUUUGAUUUAUCUCAUCACUGUUGGGGGCAAUCUGACAAUUCUUCUACUUGUCUACAUAGAUGCUCAACUGCACACUCCCAUGUAUUUCUUGCUUGCGAACCUAUCUCUUAUGGACAUGUGCUCCACCACCGUAACCCUACACAAGCUCCUCACAAGCUUCAUAUCAAGGGACUACACCAUAUCUUUCCAGGCUUGUAUGGCACAAAUGUUUUUAUUUUCCUCUUUGGCCAGAGAUGAGAUGUUUAUAUUGACAGCAAUGAGCUAUGACCGAUACGUUGCCAUCAGUAACCCCUUGCGUUAUCCAGUAAUCAUGAGUCAUAGAGUUUGUUCUCUGUUGGCCAUGGUAUGCUGGGUAUUUGGUUUUAUAGAAAUGAUACCUUACCUUGUGUUACUGUCAACAUUUUCCUGUUAUAGAGCUAAUAUAAUUGACCACUUUUACUGUGACAUGGUACCUCUAAUGAAACUAUCCUGCAGUGAUAUCUCUGUUUUGGAGAUGUUAAUCUACACAGAUGGGCUGUUUUUUGCUUCCACGCCAUUUUGUCUUACGUUUCUUUCUUACAUUUUCAUUAUCAUCACCAUAUUAAAGAUUCAAAACACCAAUGGGAGACUUAAAGCCUUUUAUACAUGUUCCUCCCAUCUGACAGUUGUCAUCAUCUUGUAUUCAACUCUUUUCUUUUUAUACUUGAGUCCCUCAGACAGUUUGGUCUCAAAGAAAACAUCGUCUCUGUUGAACACGGCUGUUGUCCCUUUCUUAAACCCAAUCAUUUACAGUUUGAAAAAUAAAGAUGUAAAGUCGGCCCUUAGAAGACAUCUGCGUCACUGUAAGGUUAUAUUUUUAGGGCAGAUUAGCAAAUUUUUACAUUUAUGA